UCGUACUAAUAGACACUACCUUUUAUAAUUGAUAAAUGACAGCUAAUCUCCUUCGCUCCCAGAUUCAGUGAAUCGUAAAAGAUUGAGUAGGUGUCAGUGUUUUAAGAUAAAUACAUUUUUAUAAUUAAAUCUGUUACUAAUUGUACAGUUAAUAACCGGUCGGUUAAGUGAUAACAUUCGUUAGUUAAUCUUUUUUAAAAAAAUAAUGGCGAACCCAGUAGAACCUCCCCCUUUAUUUGAAAACGUCGAUAUACUAGACAAUGGUUCCGAAGAUGAUCUUUUCGUAUCGGCACAUCAAGAUAAUAUCUCUGGAUCCAACGCAACAAGUGUAGAUGAGAGUGAAAUUACAAAACAGCUUGAAAAUAUACCUAUUAGUUAUGAACCUAGUUUAUCGAGUGCUGAACAGUCGACUCCAAUAGAUGAAGAAAUGGAAAAGGACGACCAUUUCCUUGAAAUAACCAUAACCCAGCCACAGAAAAUGGGAGAAGGCAUGGGAUCUUACAUGGCUUAUAGAGUAACAACUAGAACGAAUAUGCCAAUGUUUAAAGAUAAAGAAUUUAGCGUUUUGAGAAGAUUUAGCGAUUUUUUAGGUUUGCAUGAUAAAUUAGCUGAAAAAUAUUUAAAACUCGGUAGGAUUGUACCACCUGCUCCAGAAAAAAGCGUCAUAGGCACAACUAAAAUAAAAAUAUCCAGUCAAGAUGGUCCUAUCGCGAACGGUAACGAAUUCGUAGAAAAAAGGAGAGCCUCCUUGGAGAGAUAUAUUCAGAGAACAGCUAAACAUCCAGUGUUAGUUAUGGAUCCCGAUUUUAGAGAAUUCCUUGAAUGCGUCGAGUUACCAAAGGCAACAAACACUUCGGCCCUAAGUAGCGCUGGUGUAAUGAGGCUCUUGAAUAAAGUAGGAGUAACCGUUAAUAAAAUCACUUAUAAAAUGGAUGAAACCGAUCCUUGGUUUGAAGAAAAAUUGAAUCAUAUAGAAGCUUUGGAGACGCAGUUGAGGAAACUACAUGCCAGCGUCGAAGCUCUAGUGUCUUACAGGAAAGAAUUAGCGAAUUUAACGAAUGGAGUAUCAAGAUCAGCAGCUAUGUUAAGUGCUUGCGAAGAUCAUAAUUCGCUUUCAAGGGCACUGUCUCAACUAGCCGAAACGGAAGAAAAGGUGGAAGCUCUUCAUUUGGAACAAGCCAAUACAGAUUUUUUCAUAUUCUGCGAGAUAUUGAAGGACUAUCUCGGAUUGUUGGGUGCCAUUAGGGACACAUUUCACGAGAGAACCAAAUCAUUCCAGCUCUGGCAGCACGCUCAACUAAUGUUAGCCAAAAGGAGAGAAUCUAAUCAGAAGUUAAAGCUCGCUGGGAAAGCCAGAGAACAAGAUGUAGCUGAUCCCGAAGUAAUAGCGUGGGUGGCGAAAGUCGAAAGAGGUCAGACAAGCUUCAAUAAAAUAUCGCAAAUGAUAAAGAAUGAAAUGGAUAGAUUCGAAAAACACAGAAUAGAGGAAUUCAAGACGAUGUUUAUUAAAUAUCUUGAAAACCACAUGGAACAUCAGGCGCAACUUAUUAAGCACUGGGAAGCAUUUUUACCUGAAGCAAAAGCGAUUGCUUGACUAGAGGAUAUUUGCCAAGAAUAACAGCAUGUACAUUCCUAUUGGAGGUUCCCAGAGAUAUAAUCGUAUAAUAAGUGUUAUCGAAUGUUGAUUGAAACUGUAUAUAUUUAUAGAAAAAAACAAAAUUAAUAUUGAUAUAGAAUUUUAUGUACCCUUAUUAAAAUUAUUAAUGUAGUUGGAGAGGAAACGAUAAUUUUAAAAUGGAAAUCUCGAAUUAUAGAUAAAAAUAUGUUAUUAGAAUAUUAUUUGAUUUCUUAUAUUGUUUAUCGAUAUUUAAAAAAAACAUUUUCAUUAAUUUUGUUAAAUUUGAAAUUAUCCUUUCCGUUCUUUUUUUUCAAUAAAUCGCACCUUGAAAAUAUAAGUGAAAUGUAGAAAAAUAUACAGAUUCCUAUUUUUUGGUGCCAGAAAAUCAAAAUUAAAUAUUUGCUUUCAUUUAAAAAUUAGUUCUGGUUCAUGUAAACUGAUAUAAUUGUUAAUAAAUAUUUACAAA